UUUAACUAAAGCUCUCAAGUUACAGUCUCAAGAUGAGUAGGACGCCAGGGAGCGGAGGCUUCAGCAUCCCAGCUAACAUGAAGGCACUUCUUGAUCAGACACUGGAGUUCAUUAAUUCUGACAAUGGAGGCGAUAUUUUGAGGAUCAUGUAUCAAGAUGUGUCGGCGCAUUUUAGUGCCAAGCUUCUCUCGAAUUUUGUACUUGCAUGCUACCUCGGAUCAAUUAAUGAAGUGAAGAAGUUGGUCACGAGCGGCGCAGCUCCUGACCUCACCGGACAUGAAACUGGUUUACGGCUUGGCUACCUCGCAUUAACUGUCCUGGGUGCUUCACGGGUAAUCAGUGGUCCAAAGGAGAGUCUGCAGCAUUUCGCAGUAGUACGAUACCUGCUUGAAUGCGGCGCACCCCCGGAUGUGCCUGAUAUCUGCGGGCUGACCGCGCUGUUUCAUGCAUGCACGCCUCCAAACGAGCUACCUGGUCUCGCGAUGGCUCUGCUUCAGGGAGGCGCUAACCCAAACCAUCGCAACCGCUACGGAGAAACUGCUAUAUUCUUCCCGCUUCAGGGUGAGAACACCCGGAUCAUGUCGAUUCUGAUCAAAAACGGCGCAGAUAUGACUCUUCCGGAUGCUAAUGGCGACACCCCUGACAAACUCUACGUCAAUAGUGGCGCAAAAAUGACGGCUGCUGUGAGGAAGGCGAAGCGUGAGCUAGUGGGAGAGCAAGCUCCCCUGGAUGAUCGUAAAUGUGCUAGCUGCCACAAGCGGGCCGACGAUAUGAAAAGGUGCUCACGUUGUCAGACCGUCUUGUAUUGCUCUACGGAUUGUCAAGUCUCUCACUGGCAGACUCACAAAGUCGAAUGCCAGUCGUUCUCUGGGGAAAAUACGGUCACCUUGAAGCCUACGUAUAUGGAUGGAGGCCACGCAUUUACAAUGUCAACCUCCGACAUCGUCCGACGUGCUAUGGGCACCGCCAGGGAUGCUGGGGCCAAAUUUGAUGUGCCAUUCGCCAGCACACGAGGCGCAUCGGAGAAGAGCAUGGUAAUUAAGGUCCAGUCCAAUCUUGGACAGGGACCCCUCCUUGUCUACAAUAAGAAAAGGGACUUGAACUGCUAUAUCCACCGAUCCGAUAAUCCACGCGGCUAUGACGAAAUCGUCAAAGUCAUCCGCGCCAAGGGACCUAUGGGACUCAAGGCGUACUUCGCGGCUCAGCUAAAAAGCAAAGACGAAUUAGUUAUCAAGAUUUCUGAGGUUCUUGCGGAGCAGCCUUUCUAGAUGUCGGGUGCUUCAUGGGUCCUCCAGCUUGCCUCCAGCGGUUGUUUUUUU